AUGAACCACAGCAUUGUUACAGAAUUUAUAAUUCUGGGAUUUACUCAAAAACCUGAACUCCAAGGAAUUCUCUUCCUUGUCUUUCUUUUCAUCUACCUUGUGGCAUUUCUUGGCAAUAUGCUCAUUGUCAUUGCCAUAAUCUAUAAUGCCACCCUGCAUACACCUAUGUAUCUUCUCCUUCUGGCCCUGGCUAUUGUGGACAUCAUCUGCACAACAAGCAUCACCCCCAAGAUGCUGACAUCGAUGCUAACCUCAGAAUACUCCAUCUCCUAUGAUGGCUGCAUGUCCCAGCUCUUCUUCUUCACAUGGUCCCUGGGGGCUGAAAUGGUUCUCUUUACCACCAUGGCCUAUGACCGUUAUGUGGCCAUUUGUUUCCCUCUUCGUUACAGUACUGUUAUGAACCACUAUAUGUGUGCAGCCUUGCUUAGCAUUGUAAUGGCCAUUGCAGUCACUAACUCCUGGGUACACACAGGUCUCAUUCUGAGGCUGACUUUCUGUGGGCCAAAUACCAUUGAUCACUUCUUCUGUGAGAUACCCCCUCUGCUGGCUUUGUCUUGCAGCCCUGUGAGAGUCAAUGAAGUGAUGUUGUAUAUUGCUGACAUCACCUUGGCUAUAGGGGACUUCACUCUCACCUGCAUUUCCUAUGGUUUUAUCAUUGCUGCUAUUCUCCAUAUCCGCACCACAGAGGGCAAGAAGAAGGCCUUCUCCACAUGCUCCUCUCACCUUAUUGUGGUGUCUCUUUACUAUUCCCCUGUCAUCUACACCUAUAUCCGACCUGCUUCUAGCUAUACCUUCGAAAAGGACAAGGUGGUAGCUGUGCUCUAUACCCUGGUGACUCCAGCAUUAAACCCCAUUGUGUAUAGCUUCCGGAACAAGGACAUGCAGGCAGGGAUUAGGAAAGUGUUUGAGUUUCUUCAGCUUUAG